AGGAGCGGAGCGGAGCGGCAGAGAGAGGAGGAGGAGGAGGGCUCCAGUCUGUUUCUAAUGCUGGGGAGCCGGGAAACAGGGACCACGGGCAGCGGGGAGGAGGCUGCCGGGGCUCCGGGGCCUCCGGGCCGGCCUCACCGCGGGGAGGAGCCGCCUCCAGGCCGGGAGGAGCCGCCUCCAGGCCGGGCAGGGUGUCGUCUCUCCGGCCUGGUCAACUGGAAGCAGAGACCCUGCAGGACUUCAGCGCUGUUUGCUGCAGCCAGCACGGUGAUCUGGUUUGUGGCCUUCAGCCCUCUCCGAGCCUACAGCCUCCUGGUCGUCCUGCUGGCUCUGCUGGUCGUCACGGUGACCGCCAGAGACAUCGCUCGGUCCAGAUCCACAGGAGCUCACUUAUGGCGCAGCAUGACUGCAAGCUGGGAGAUCAUUGACUCAGGCCAGGACAGCCGGUCUGGGACCGGACCUCAGCUCAGCGACUCGAUCAAACUCUUCCUCCAGGAGACGUCGGCUUUCAAACAGCAAAACCCCGGCAAGUUUUGUCUGCUGGUUUGCAGUUUGUGCACCUUCUUUGCUGUCUUAGGACGCUACAUUCCAGGGAUUGUUAUCUCAUAUAUUCUAGUGCUGGGCGUUUUCCUGUUGCCUUUGAUCUCAUCUCGUGAAGUUGGUUUGUGGCUGGAGCCAGUUCUGCAGAAGCUGGACUUUGGCAUCGGGGAGUUCCUUCAGAAAAUCAAAGAAAACCAUGAGAGGAGAAUCAUGCAGGCUCAGACUGAGAAAGAAGGCAUCGAGUCGGACCUCUCUUCCAUGUUUCCUAAGCUCGACUCCGCAGUGUGUAAGGAAAUGUCUGUAUCGGACACAGAGGUGUCUGAUGUGACGUGGACGGACAACGGUACUUUCAACCUGUCAGAGGGACACACGCCACAGACUGAGAACUCAGAGGACCUUGACAGAGAAGAAGCGUUCACUGGAGGCCUCCCAGAAUUCCCCUCACUUGACAACGGCGCAACGACCAAUGGCGACGACGACGACAGCCUCGGCCUUCCCUCGCCUCCACCUCAGCUGCCGAUCAAACCCAAGCAUACGCCACAACCCGCCGACAAUGCCCUCGAAUUAGUCAACCAGAUGGCGGGCGACUUCAUCGCCGCUGCCGUCACGGCUGCCAUGCAGGAGAGGAUAGAAGCGGCGAUCGGCCUCGCGGCGCCGAGCUCCGGCUAUGAGCGGUCGAGACUUCCGGAUUCCGCCAGGCUGCUGGAGCUGGCCGAGGAGUCGGACAGCGAGGUGGAAGACUUUGAGCUGCUGGACCAGUCGGAGCUGGAGCAACUGGAGGGGGAGCUGGGGCUGGGAGAGGAGAAGGUCCAGGCCAAAGGGGAGGCUCAGGCCACGAGUGACGAGCCGGGCUCUUCUGGAUUCUUCUCCAAACUCCUGAGACGCCACUGAUUGAUGAAAAGUACGAUUGGCAAGGGAGGGGUUACAGAGGACAUGUGGAGGAGAGAUGAGGGUGUUCUGGUCACAGAAGACUGUCGGGGGUUGUGAGAAAACAAAUGUUUCCAUUUAUAUUUUUUCCUGUAGAGCUAACAUCAACAAUUCAGAACUGGACAGUUUGUCUAAAGCUGGGCAUACGCUGUAUCAUUUUAGAAGUGUCGUUGUGUAACUCCUUCUCCGACUGUACGAGUACAACGCUUGCGAUGUGAAGCCAAAACUCACGAUUUAUGUGCUCACGAUGUACGGUCCGAUCGACAGCCACGAUCUGAGUGCUCACACUGUACGUGUAAAAUAAAAAAAAAAUACACGGCCCGUCGGCUCCUGCAGGCCGCUCUGGCUGUUGACAGCAAGCCCCCAGGAAGAGCGCCGGUCGUUGAUGCCA